AUGGCUGCCGCAAGAUCGAUGUUCUUCUGGGGUUAUGUGAUCGUUCUAAGCAAGUUUACUGUGUGCUUUAUCGAUACCGGGAUUGUGAAAUCUUUCGGAGUUCUUAUUCCCACCAUGGUCGAACGGCUAGACUCGGAUUAUGCUACUGUUGGGUUGAUAUGUAGUAUACCAUCAGCUCUUACUCAUCUGUUAUGUCCAUUUGUAAAGUACUUCCUGACGGAAAACAACCACCGCGCUGUUGCUAUGUCAGGAGCGGUGCUGUGUGGAUCAUGUUUAAUUGCAUGCGGCUUCUUGGGCAACUUGAUUUCUCUUGGAGUCUGUCUAGGCCUAGCGGGCAUUGGCCUGUCAAUGACCAUCACACCUAUACAUCUCUCCGUGAAAGCUCACUUUCAAGAGAAAUUCGUCUUAGCAAAUACUGUAGCGUUAUAUGGCUACACCGCCGGGUCAGUGCUCCUCCCAGUUUUGAUUGAAAGAUCACUUGAAGCUUAUGGGUAUUACCCGGCUUUUCUCAUUCUCGGUGGCGUUGCCCUGAACGCCGUGGCGUGCGCUGCAACGAUUCGAAAGGAACAAAGAUAUUCCAAAUUGGACGAAGGGCAUAAACAGAGCGAUGACCCUGUAGACCUAAGUGUAUAUAGGCAGGAGGAAGUCUCGGAUACGUCUCAGCAACCUUUCAGAGACCCUGGCAAACUACCAGCCAAGUCACCGCGACUGCCCGGAAACAUCUCGGAGACGUCACCGAGACUGCCUGAAACGUCUCGGAGACUCGCUUGCAAUUAA